CCCCGUAGUACUUAGUAUUAUUUUUAUCAGUAAAUUAUCAGUAAUCUUCCACCAAAAAGUAACUUGUAAUUAAAACUAAUCAAUUUCCUAAUUAAUUAAGACAUUAAUAAAUAAAAUAAAAUAAAUUUGAGUUCCCAAUAAAUUUUUUGUCUUCCAAGUGAAAAGUGAUGGCAGUUUAAUUUAAAAAAUUAAUAAUUAAUAAAUAAUAAUUAACGACCUGUGUUCUAAUUAAAAAAAAAAAAUCAAAGCUGAUAAGGCAUUUCGAUGGUAUUUAAAAAUUCAAUUGUUUUGGCAGUAUGAGGUUAGAAGAGAUGCCAUUACGAAUGACAACAGAGGAUCGUAACUUUGAUAUGGACGAGGAGACUGAUUAUUUAAUUCAACCUUCUGAUGAAAAUUUUCGUCCAAUUUUAAAACGAAACCGUCGUCUCAAUGCCUGCACACAUUUUCUUAAGUGUUUUUUCUGCGGGUGCUGUACCUGGAUGUGGAGAAGAUGCUGCCGUGAAAAAGAAUAUCAGUCGAGGACGAUAGUAAUCGGCAUGCCAGUGACGGAAAAAUUUCCUACAAACGUCAUUAGGAAUCAAAAAUAUAAUAUUAUUACUUUUUUACCAUUGGUACUAUACCAACAAUUUAAAUUUUUUCUGAACCUCUACUUUCUUAUAAUGGCCAGCUCACAAUUUAUAUCAGAUAUGAAAAUAGGUCAUUUGUACACCUACUGGGGACCACUUUGCUUCGUACUAUCAGUAACAACAUGCCGAGAAGCCGUCGAUGAUUAUCGUCGGUACAAACGGGACAAAGAAGUAAACGGACAGAAAUACAAGCGUCUUAUCCGAGGUACAGAUCAACCAGAAUUGAUACCCAGCUCAAAACUAAAAGUCGGGGACAUGAUAAUUGUCGAGAAAGGCCAGAGGGUUCCCGCGGACCUGGUCCUGCUUCGAACGACUGAGAAAUCCGGUGCGUGUUUCGUCCAGACGGAUCAGUUGGACGGAGAGACGGAUUGGAAGUUACGACUCGCGGUGCCACUGACGCAGAAACUGGAUCACGACAGCCAGUUGUUUGAGAUAAAGGCCAGUCUGUAUGUUGAGAAACCGCAGAAAGACAUCCACGGGUUCAUCGGCACUUUCACGCGCGAGGACGAAGUCAAUAGCGAAGAAAGUCUGGGUGUCGACAACACUCUGUGGGCCAACACCGCAGUGGCAUCCGGAUCAGCCCUAGGUAUCGUCGUCUACACCGGCCACGAGACGCGAUCGCUGAUGAAUCAUUCGGCGCCACGGUCUAAAGUUGGUCUGCUAGAUAAAGAGAUAAACCAACUCACCAAAGUCCUCUUCUGUGCAGUGAUAGGUCUCUCCUUGGUGAUGAUGUGUCUGAAAGGAUUCAACGGUCACUGGUACAUCUACAUGUUCCGUUUCGUUCUUCUCUUUUCCUACAUCAUCCCCAUCAGCUUGCGUAUAAACCUCGACAUGGGUAAAUUUUUCUACGCCGGUUGCAUCCAAAGGGACAAAGAAAUAGCAGGAACUGUAGUCCGGACCACGACAAUCCCCGAAGAACUAGGACGUAUUUCUUACCUACUUAGUGACAAAACUGGAACACUUACUCAAAACAAAAUGGUCUUCAAAAAACUUCAUCUGGGCACCGCAUCCUACGGCCAAGAAACCUUUGACGAAAUAACGAGUGUCUUAAAAAAUUAUUAUCCAGUUGGUGGGGAAAAUUCACCGACAAAAACUACUUUGAAUCGCGGCAAGGUACGGAGAAGUGAAAGCACGCGUAUCUACGAAGCUAUUCACGCCCUCGCGUUAUGUCACAACGUAACGCCGGUUUAUGACAACAUGAACAACGUUAAUAAUGUUAAUAGCAAACAGCUGGACAGCGUUAGCGUUGAAACAGAGACAACUGAGACGGGGUCAAUACAGAGCCAGACGGAAUCAGACCAACAUUAUUACCCAGAACAGAAGCGCAAUUACCAGGCAUCCAGCCCAGAUGAAGUGGCUUUGGUUAAAUGGACUGAGGACGUAGGACUCGCGUUAUUUAAACGCGACCGCACUACCAUGCAACUCAAAGCAAUUAACAAUGGCCAGAUUUUAUCUUACACUAUUUUGCAAGUAUUUCCAUUUACUUCUGAGACGAAACGCAUGGGAAUUAUCGUCAAGGACGAGGCUACCAAUGAGAUAACGUUUUAUCUAAAAGGCGCAGAUGUCGUCAUGUCGGGAAUAGUUCAGUACAAUGAUUGGCUGGAUGAGGAGUGCGGGAAUAUGGCGCGUGAAGGUUUCCGUACCCUGGUGAUUGCCAAGAAACAUCUCACUGAGGAACAGUAUCAAGACUUCGAGAUCCGAUACAAUGCCGCCAGGUGUGCGACAAAUGAUCGCCCGUCGCGCGUCGCUGCUGUGAUUGAGUCUUUGGAGCGUGAAAUGGAACUGAUCUGCGUUACUGGAGUCGAAGAUCGUCUGCAAGACCGCGUAAGACCAACUCUAGAGCUCCUGAGAAAUGCUGGGAUUAAAAUAUGGAUGCUGACAGGUGACAAAUUAGAAACCGCAACCUCUAUUGCUAAAUCUUCAAGACUUGUAUCGCGGACCCAAAGCCUACAUGUAUUUAAACCCGUUGUCACACGUACUGAUGCUCAUCUAGAGCUGAAUACAUUCCGUAAAAAACAAGACUGCGCUCUGGUGAUCAGCGGAGAUUCCCUAGAAGUAUGCCUACAAUAUUACCAGCAAGAAUUUAUGGAACUCGCGUGCGGAUCACCGGCAGUUGUCUGCUGUCGCUGCUCCCCGACUCAAAAAGCCGAAGUCGUGACUCUGAUAAAGAGUCACACGGGAAAGAGAACAGCCGCCGUUGGAGACGGAGGCAAUGAUGUUUCGAUGAUCCAAGCUGCUGAUGCAGGAAUCGGGAUCGAGGGGCUCGAAGGCCGUCAAGCUUCGCUGGCUGCUGACUUCUCCAUUUCCCAGUUCAGCCAUCUCUCGAACCUGCUUAUAGUCCACGGGCGACGCAGCUACAAACGCUCAGCUGCGCUCAGUCAAUUCGUCAUCCACCGCGGGCUCAUCAUAUCAACCAUGCAAGCGGUUUUCUCAGCGGUAUUUUAUCUGUCUUCUGUCGCCCUCUAUCAGGGAUUUCUGAUGGUGGGUUACGCGACUGUAUUCACCAUGUUCCCGGUGUUUUCCCUUGUCCUGGACAAAGACGUGUCUCGCGACGUGGCGUUGAGAUUCCCCGAGCUGUACAAAGAGUUGAGCAAAGGCAGGAGUUUGUCCUACAAAACCUUUUUUAUGUGGGUACUAAUUAGCAUUUAUCAGGGAGGCAUCAUUAUGUACGGCGCGUUAAUUAUGUUUGAGGAUGAGUUCAUUCAUAUUGUCGCGAUAAGUUUCUCAGCGUUGGUACUAACCGAGUUGAUAAUGGUCGCACUUACGAUACGUACAUGGCACCACAUUAUGGUGCUGGCUGAAUUUUUGUCACUUGCGCUUUAUUUACUUUCUCUGUUUAUUCUCAAAGACUUCGACUCGGACUUUAUAACAACGACAGAUUUUCUGUGGAAAGUACUGGUUAUUACUCUGGUGUCUUGUUUGCCUCUUUAUAUUUUGAAAUUUUUAAGAAAGAAAUUUUCGCCUCCUAGUUACUCUAAGCUAUCAUAAAUUAAUGUAUUCAUUAAAAUUCAUAAAUUUAUUAAUUAACUUAAGGGCAGUCUCAGAAUGUUGGCAUGAAGAUUUUACUGAAAUUUAUUUAUUGUCGCGUCAACUUCGCCCAGAGAGGGAAUCAACUAAAAGUCUCCCCCACUACCGGAUAAUUUUGAACUGCGCAAGGUGGGGGUAAAACCCGAAAAUACCCGAAGUAAAUAAUUUUUUUAAAAUCUAUAUUUUGGCAAAAUAAAAUAUUUAAAAAAAAAAGGGGGGGGGUCUGAGAAUUACUCUAGAGGUCAAUAAAAACAUUUUCCAUCCGCCAUUUUGUUUUUCUGACAGCCAUUUUGUCGCAGAUUAAAAAAUUGAUAAAAAAAUAAAAAACUUGGUAUUUUCUAUAAUAAUUAAUUAAUAAAUUUAUUAAUCAAUGAACUAAUUGCUGAAUAAUUAAACUGUACAUUGUAAAUACCGGAAA